AUGGCGAACCCACGAGCUGAGGCCGGUGCUUUGGGUGACGCCCUGUUGGGCGCUGCAAUUGCCCCCUCGGUUCCAGCAACUACCUCGACAACCUCGUCUCCCGCACCGCCUCUGGAUCCUGCACUGCCUCUUGUGCGUGCACCUGCACCACGGUUGUCGGCGACUCCGGAGCUCGGCGCGGCGCCAGCCUCGAUCCCGCCCCCUGCAAUUACUGAAGUUGUUGAUCCGACGACAUCCGUGCAUGCCGUGGCGUCCGCUUUCACCACCGUAGACUCAGCUCCUUCUACGCCGUCUGGCCUCACUGGGGAUGCUGCUGCUUUGGCGCUGCUGUUGGGGUCCGCGUCUGCCAAGGCCAUGGACACUGCUGCGGACGGCGCGCCCCUGGGGGAGCUCUCGACCUCCGUGGGCGCCGCUUCUUCGACGCCGGCCUCCUUCACUUGUGCCGUUGGAGAGGUUGUUGCCGCGGCGCCCGACUCGACCAUCGUAGGUGCUGCCCCUGCCUCUGGGGCGCCUGCAAUCACCUCCUUGGCCGCGAACGCAUCUCCGGAUUCUACUCCACCUGUGAUCACUUCUGCUGCUGGUUCAGCCCAGUUGAUGGCUGCGACCACUGCCAGCGUGGACGCACCUUCUGUGGCUGUGGUAGGCGUUUCUCCAGUUCCUCCUGCGAUCACCGUUGAGGACGCGUCUCCGGAAAUUUCACUACCGUUUGACGCUCCUCCGGCGACUGCAGAGCUCACUGUUGAGAUCCUGCCUCCGGUCCACCCAUCUGUUACGACGGAGACCUCUGCUGAUCCUCCAGCAUUCCCUCAUCGCAUGCUCCCAGACAACUUGAUCGUCUACAGUCGUACUCCAAGAAGAAGAGUCGAAACCACUCCUGCUGCUGAGUUCAUCCCGGCAGUCCAGAAGAGAAGAAAAAAGACACAGGGGCCUGUGACCAUGCCUCGACGCAGCCGCAGGUUGGCAAAUUUGCCUCCUGAAACUGAUCGUGCCGUGGCCUCCACGGUCUGCAGAAAGCUAGGUCUAACCACCAAGGAAGGAAGAAUCUCUGAUGAAUGUCUCGACUGGUACGUCAAGUCCUACAACAACCUGCUGGGCCGUGAUGAUGUAGCUGCCCUCUCUGCACUGUUUGGCUGGGCAGUACCAACUGAAGAGCAGUUUGAUGCUGUGACCGCUGUAGCAGUGGUCUGA